GAAAAAAAAAACUCAUAUCUUUUCUUUAGACACAUAUAUUUUUUGCAUACAAAAGUUUUCAUCAUGCACUACUCUCAUAAAAAGCUGUUCUUGUUUUUCCUGUCGUGCAUUGUGCUAAUUUUCAACUACAACAGUAGUGGCUUCGUAACCGCAACAAGUCAACUUGGCUUGAACUACGGUCUCCUCGGCGAUAAUCUCCCGCCCCCCUCUGAUGUCAUCAACCUUUUCAAGUCCAUAGGCAUUACUAAAAUCCGAAUCUUCGACCCGAACACUGAGGUUCUUAACGCCUUACGCGGCCACAAAGAUAUUGGAGUCACGGUAGGUGUUAAGGACCAAGACUUGGCUGCUCUUGCUGCCGGCGAAGAAGCUGUUAAUAGCUGGUUCGCAACAAACAUUGAGCCUUACUUAGCCGACGUCAACAUCACUUUCAUUACAGUCGGCAAUGAAGUCAUCCCUGGACCGAUGGGUCCACAGGUGCUUCCCGCCGUGCAGUCUCUCACCAACCUUGUCAAGUCCAAGAGUCUUCCUAUCACUGUCACCACUGUUGUGGCUAUGUCUAACCUCGGACAGUCGUAUCCACCUUCCACGGGAAUGUUCACGGCUCAGGCGCGUGAACAACUCACCCCGGUGCUUAACUUUUUGUCUCAAACAAGUACGCCAAUCUUCGUCAACAUCUACCCGUACUUGGCUUACGCAUCGGACCCGGUGAACAUUCAUCUCGACUAUGCCAUUUCCAAAAGCGAGGCCGUCGUGGUCCAGGAUGGACCACUGGGCUAUUCAAACUUGUUUGAUGCAAUGUUCGAUACGUUCGCGUGGGCAAUGGAGAAGGAAGGCGUGAAAGAUUUACCAAUGGUGGUGUCUGAGACAGGAUGGCCGUCAGCCGGGAACGGGGACUUAACCACGCCUGACAUCGCGGCGACCUACAACGGAAAUUUCCUUCAGCAUGUAGUAAGCGGCAAGGGGACACCUAAGAGGCCUAACAGUGCUAUCCAAGGGUUUAUAUUCGCAACGUUCAAUGAAAACCAGAAGCCCGCCGGGACUGAACAAAACUUUGGAUUAUACAAUCCUGUUGAUAUGAAACCCAUCUAUAAGCUAUUUUGAGUGUGAGUUUCUUUUAAGACUUUCACAAACUUAUGAAUACAUACAAAUUACAAUAGUGCUCUUAGUUGUUUGUUGUUAUUCAAACUAGGAAACAAACCCGCACAUUCG